CAUCAGCAAAGUACUCAAAUAGUUGGCUGCUCAUUCUGGAAGAGAAAGAGUCAGUAACAGUUCGUUGAGUGCAAGCGUAAUAUACGAACGAGUCUUAUUUAAGUUCUCAUUCCAAGAUGGAUGAACUCAAAGGAUUUUUUAAACAGGCCGGGCAGGAGUUUCUCAAUGCCGCUGGCCAAGCAGCAAUGGGCGCGGCCAAGGAAGUCGUUGGCUCCGUCAUAAACGAAAUCUUUGUCAAAAAGGAAGCGGAGACAAAGCGAAUCCUGCCAAGCAUUAAGAACAUGCGUGUGCUGGGAGAAACACAAUCGAAUCUCGGUCCCUAUUCGGAGGUGCAGGAUUAUGAAACUAUAUUGAAUAGCUGCUUGACGAGCGGAUCGCUGUUUGAGGAUCCACUGUUUCCGGCUAGCAAUGAGUCGCUUAUGUUCUCACGUCGUCCCGAUCGCUAUAUAGAAUGGUUGCGUCCUCAUGAAAUCGUUGAAAAUCCGCAAUUCUUUGUAGAAGGCUAUUCUCGAUUUGAUGUGCAACAGGGCGAACUUGGCGAUUGCUGGCUACUGGCUGCCACUGCCAAUUUGACAUCUGAAUCAUCCUUGUUCUUCCGUGUAAUACCCCCAGAACAGAGUUUUCAAGAAAAUUACGCUGGAAUAUUUCAUUUUCGCUUCUGGCAAUACGGUAAAUGGGUUGAUGUAAUUAUUGAUGAUCGUUUGCCAACGUAUCGAGGAGAGUUACUCUAUAUGCAUUCGGCUGAGAAAAAUGAAUUCUGGAGUGCACUUUUGGAGAAGGCAUAUGCCAAACUGCAUGGAUCGUAUGAAGCGCUUAAGGGUGGCACCACAUGCGAGGCAAUGGAAGAUUUCACAGGAGGCGUCAGUGAAUGGUUUGACCUCAAAGAGGCACCACCAAAUUUGUUUACUAUACUCCAAAAAGCAGCUGAACGUAACUCCAUGAUGGGUUGUUCAAUUGAAGCAGAUCCCAAUGUGCUGGAAGCUGAAACGCCCCAAGGAUUGAUUAGAGGACAUGCUUACUCUAUUACUAAGGUUUGCCUCAUUGAUAUUGUGACACCGAAUCGACAAGGAAAGAUUCCAAUGAUUCGCAUGCGGAAUCCUUGGGGAAAUGAAGCAGAGUGGAACGGUCCAUGGAGCGAUAGCUCGCCUGAAUGGCGUUAUAUACCCGAGGAACAGAAGCAGGAAAUCGGCCUCAACUUCGAUAGAGAUGGAGAAUUUUGGAUGACAUUCCAAGAUUUCUUAACUCAUUUUGAUCGUGUUGAGCUUUGCAAUUUAUCGCCAGAGUCUUUCUCAAAGACAUCUGACGAUCAGCACAGCGGUAAACGCAAAUGGGAGAUGUCAAUGUACGAGGGUGAAUGGACACCUGGCGUUACAGCAGGUGGCUGCAGAAAUUUCUUAGAUACAUUUUGGCAUAAUCCUCAAUACAUCAUUACCCUGGUGGAUCCCGAUGAGCAGGACGAGGACGGCAACUGCACAGUUAUUGUUGCGCUAAUGCAAAAGAAUCGUAGAUCCAAACGCAAUAUGGGAAUGGAGUGCCUUACAAUUGGUUUUGCUAUUUACAGCCUAACCGAACGUGAUUUGGAAAACCGUCCACAGGGAAUUAACUUCUUCAAGUAUAAGUCCUCCGUGGGACGAUCGCCUCACUUUAUUAACACUCGAGAGGUAUGCGCUCGAUUUAAUCUACCUCCGGGUCACUAUCUCAUUGUGCCCUCAACUUUUGAUCCGAACGAGGAAGGAGAGUUCAUCAUUCGCGUCUUCUCCGAAACUAAAAAUAAUAUGGAAGAAAAUGAUGAUCACGUUGGUUACGGCGACGAUUCGAAUAAGGUUGUACCAGGUUUUCCAACACCAAAGCCCGUCGAUCCCCAAAAAGAAGGCUUGCGCAGAUUAUUUGACAGCAUUGCUGGUAAGGAUAUGGAAGUGGAUUGGAUGGAGCUAAAACGAAUAUUAGAUCAUUCGAUGCGCGAUGAUUUACCAAAGGCUGUUGUCUAUAACCGGCAAACAACUUUUAAUGCAUUUGAAACGCAGGCAGGCACUCAGGACGAAAUGCCUGGCGAUGCCUGUGGCCUACUAUCCUUAAUAUGUGGACCAUUCCUUAAAGGUACUCCGUUUGAGGAACAGCUGGGCGGAAAUGAUCAGUCUAACAAAAGACUGAUCGAAGAGAGCCCAACAGCCAUUGUCGAUGAGACACAUGGCUUUUCCAAAGAUGUUUGCCGCUCGAUGGUGGCGAUGUUGGAUGCAGAUAAGUCUGGUAAACUGGGCUUUGAGGAGUUUGAGGCUUUGCUUUCGGAUAUUGCCAAAUGGAAGGCUAUAUUCAAAACAUACGACACUGAGAAUUCGGGCAGAAUUUCAGGCUUUCAGCUACGCGAAGCGCUUAACUCAGCGGGCUACCAUUUGAACAAUCGUGUUCUAAAUGCCUUGGGUCAUCGAUAUGGAUCGAGAGAUGGCAAGAUCGCAUUUGAUGAUUUCCUCAUGUGUGCAGUGAAAAUAAAAACUUAUAUUGAAAUAUUCAAAGAAAGAGAUACGGAAAAGAACGAAACUGCAACGUUUACGUUGGAAGAAUGGAUUGAACAGACAAUUUACUCAUAGAAAAUCUAUCAGCAGCUCUAUUUAAAUAUACCUUUUAAUACAAGUCUCCUCAAUAUUAUAUAUUUCAAAUCAGUGGAAAAAGUUUUCAAAUGUCUUUUACUCUGUUUAGUUUAAAGCGUAAAUUGUAAACCUCUAUGUCUAAUCUCAAAUUGCCUUCAUUGAAUUAAAAGCGUUAAAUUAAAA